GAUUGAUUGCGCAUGUGCCUGCAUGUGUAUUUUGAUACUUUCUAGUCGUUUUGGGCAAAACCUAAACUUGUCAUUAUAAAACAGCGAAAAAUAGAGUCAAGUUAUGUGAGUCACGUUUUAAAAGAGCCCGCGUACAAAACGAAAGCUGUUAUUUGAGAGGCAGCUGAGCUUCGAGAUGUUUAACAGUAAGCAAACCCACUUCCACAGCCCGCCGUAAACUGUAGUUAUUUAGCAUACAAGUUUGCUUCCGUUUUGUUUUGUUUGUUACUGGUCUAUACUCAAAGAAAUAAAAGUUUUUACUGUGAAGAUCGUGGACUGGCAGCGCCCGGACGUGCAUUUGGACCCAGCACUUAGGGGCGGCCAGCGGACGUAGCACCCGCGGGAAUGAGAGCUGAAAGCCGGCCGAUAAGAUGAAUCCUCGGCGGUUGUGUUUGAGAAGCAAACCGCCGCGACAUGGUCGUCGUACAUCUUUGAGGGAACUCUAAGCAACGGGGGACCCAGUAGCUUCUGAGUGAUGGAGCUGGGCUCUGUGGUCCGGGCCAUCUUCGAUUUCCGCCCCAGCGUGUCAGAGGAGCUGCCCCUCUUUGCUGGCGAUGUCAUUGAGGUGCUCAGUGUGGUGGAUGACUUCUGGUUGCUCGGCAACAAGGAUGGCGUCACAGGCCAGUUUCCCAGCACAUUUGUGGAGGCUGUUCUCAUCCCUAGCACCCGGCCAGGAGACCAGCUCUACGUCUGCAUCAGUGACUUCAGUGCAGCAUCGCCGGAGAACCUGUCUCUUAAGCGAGGUGAUGUGGUGGUGGCUGAGGGCAGUGUGGAUGGCUCCUGCAUGCGGGGCCACAGCAGCUGGGGGGCAUAUGGCCUCUUCCCACGGUCUUGCGUGACGCGGCUGCGCCUCUCCCGCCGCUGCCGUGAGCUGUCCCAACGUGCUGCUGCCGCUGCCGAGCUGCCCCCCCACGCCCUGGGCCGAGCCCGUGCCCUCAUGGGUCUGUCCGCCCAGCUUGACGAGGAGCUUGACUUCUGUGAGGGUGACCUCAUCACCAUCGUGGGCGUGCCUGAACCAGGCUGGCUGCGGGGGGAGCUGGACGGGCGCAGCGGCAUCUUCCCUGAGGGCUUCGUGGAGCUGCUGGCUCCCCUGCGUGGCGGAGGAGACACCCAGGCCGUCGCCCGCUACAGGGAGGAGGACGAGGAGGAGGGGCAGCAGGAUGAGGAACGUGAGGUGGGCUUGGGUGAGGCAGAGGUCCCAGCCGGUGGGGGUGAGGCUGCCAGCCUGCAUGGCGUGGCGCUGUAUGACUUCCGCGCCCUGGAAUGCGACGAGCUGGACUUUGACGUGGGCGACCGCAUCCUGGUGCUGCGGACGCUGGAGGAUGGCUGGCUGGAGGGUGAGCUACAUGGGCGGCGUGGCAUCUUCCCACACCGAUUCAUCCGGCUAGAGGAGCCACUGUGCCGCACUGGCCAAUCGGGUUUGAGAGGGGCGGAGCCUCGAGAAUCCCUGGCGAGCAGCCUGGCUAGAAGGGACACAGAUGCAGAUGGGGGCCACCAUGCAGCCAAGCAGGAGGCUGGGCAGCAGAAUCAGGAGUACAGUCCAGCCUGGGGGGGGCAGACUGACUACACCAUCUGGGACCUCGACUACUUUGAGCAGGAGAUGGAGCGCAGUGGCAGCAUUGGCGGGGGGGCGCACGCCAUUGCACCACUCUCGCAGAUGGGGGCUGGCCACAGCGCAGCGGCCAAACCAGGCCUGCCACCCCGGCCCAGCCUGCCCCUUUUGCUGCAGCGCCGGGUGCAUGGUGCCGAACCCCAGGGAUCACCUACGCCUGCUGCCGGCAGCCUGACUCUCCUCUCAGGUCGCCAUGAUGACUGGCUCCACGGAGACGGUCCGGCGGUUGGAGAGCGUCCCACUGACAGACGGGUGUCAGGCUGCUUGACUGCAGCGGGCCAGCAGGAGGAGCACAAACGCAGGAAGUUGUUCCGGCAUUCCAGUGCCGCCGAGGUGGACCUGCUGCCGCCAGAGAGAACGUUCCGGAACGGCCUGCCAGGCCCCUCCUUUCUGGACGGGCUCAGUGCCUCUGCCACUGACCUGGACUCCCAGCUCUCCCAGCAGCUGGCCGAGUUUGAGCUGAGUGUCCCCGGGCCCCAGGGGCCGGGGACAGGGCACAGAGUCUCCCGCCAUUACUCCAUCCUGGACUACAGCAGUGAAGGUGACAUCAUCAGAGGCUCUGCCCACUCCCCUCUGACCCUCAAGCCCAAGACCUGUGCCUUACCCUCCUCCACCUCUCGCCCUUCAUCCCUAGAGAGGCAAAAGGCCCUCAGGCCCCCGCCUCCCCGGCCCCGGGUCCUCAGGGGCCCACAGGGGUCCCCGCCCCCUGUGGAGCAGCAGCGCAGAUCCACCCCCGCCCCACUGAAGCCGGCCCGGCCUGCCCCUCGGCCGCCCCAGCGCUGCACCCGCAGCAGUGCAGUGAGCCGAGCCCCGCCAGAGGAGGAUGACGUAGAAGCAGAGAAGCCCUCUCAGGAGAAGCAGUGUGAGCAGGAGCAGGUGGCCAUUCUGCUGCGCCUCCAGGAGGUGGAGCAGGACCUGGAGAUGUACAGGCAAACGGCCGAAGAGCUGCGGAGCAUGCUGGAGCGGGAGGAGGACCAGGGAGCACGGCAGCAGGCCUUGGAGAGCCUGGACCUGUGCGCCUACAGCAUCGACACACUGAGCCUGGAGCAGCAACAGCUGCAAGAGAUGACGCUGCUGUCUGCUCAGCCCCCAAAUCCGGAGGGCCCCUCCACGGCAGCUGUCACCGAAGACCGAGAGCAGAGGCUGCUGGAGAAGAGAUCCAAGGUCAUCGAGGAGCUUCUGCAGACAGAGAAGGACUACAUCAAGGACCUGCAGAUGUGUGUGAAGGAGAUUUUCCAGCCCUUGCAACAAAAACAGGUCCCGAAUGUGGACUUUGAGGGCCUCUUCGGGAACAUCACAGCAGUCAUCGAGAUUUCUGAGCAUCUGUACAGCAGCCUGCUCGACUCUGAUUCAAUAGGUCAGGUGUUUCUGGAUCACAGGACAGAUCUGGAGGAGGUGUACAAAAUCUACUGCCAGAACCAUGACGACGCUAUCACGCUGCUCGAGAGCUACGAAAAGGACGCCACCAUCCAGAGGCACAUUCUGGAAUGUCUGGAGAAGCUGAGGGCGGUGUACCGUGAGUGGGGAAAGACCAACUACAUCAAUCUGGGCUCCUUUCUCAUCAAGCCCGUGCAGAGAGUGAUGCGUUACCCACUGCUGCUGAUGGAGCUGCUGAAUGCCACGCCCACGGCACACCCUGACCAACAGCAGCUGGCCGACGCCGUCUCAGCUGUCAAGGAGAUAAACGUCAACAUCAACGAGUACAAGAGGAGGAAGGACCUGGUGGUGAAGUACAGGAAGGGCGAUGAGGACACUUUGAUGGACAAGAUAUCUAAGCUCAGCAUGCACUCCAUCAUCAAGAAGUCAAACCGUGUCAGCAGUCACCUGAAGCACCUAACUGGCAUCUCACUGCAGAUCAAAGAUGAGGCAUUUGACGAGGCGGAGAAGCGAUUCCGACUCCAGGAGCGGCUCAUCAAGUCCUUCAUUCGGGACAUCUCACUGUACCUGCAGCAUAUACGGGAGGCCGCCUCGGUCAAGGUGCUGGCGGCCAUCAGCUUCUGCGACAUCUACACAGAUGGGAACCCGAUCGACCCGGAGCGCUUCCAGGGGGCACAUCGUUGCAUUAGUGACAAGCAUUUUGCUGACUUUAAGGAGCGGGCAGAAACACUGGUAAUCGCCCCCCUCACCCAGCUGCUGUCCAUGUUUGCUGGCCCCCACAAGCUCAUCCAGAAGCGCUUCGACAAGCUGCUCGACUACGACAGCUGCAGGGAGCGAGCAGAGCGGCUGCGGGAGCGCCGGGCGCAGGACGAGCUGCAGGCCGCACGCAACAACUACGAGGCACUGAAUGCGCAGCUGCUAGACGAGCUGCCCAAGUUCCAGCGGGCGGCUGAGGGGCUGCUGAAGGGCUGCCUGUGCGCCUUUGCCCAGGCACAGCGCGAUUUCAUCGGCCAGGCCCUGGGAAAGCUGCACCCGCUGUUGCAGAUGGCUGGCGCGGCAGCUGUGGACAGCAAUCUGGUGGCCCUGUUCCAGGAGGAGCACGGCCGUGUCCUUCAGCAUCUGCAGGCAUUCAGCUUCUUCCCAGAGAACCUCCCUGCCAUUCGCAAGCAGGCUGAGAAGAAGACCUCCGAGCGACAAGUCCCCAGGAAGCAGCCGCCCUGUACCCUGCAAACGGAUCAGCAUCGUGAAGCCCUGCUGUCCCGCUACGGCCCAGAGAGGCUGUACCUGACCGAGAGGAACUUCAACGCGGCCCAGGAUCUUGACGUGUCCCUGCAGGAGGGGGAUAUGGUAGGAGUCAUCAAGCAGAAGGAUCCCAUGGGAAGUCAAAACCGCUGGCUCAUUGACAACGGAGUCACGAAGGGCUUUGUGUACAGCUCCUUCCUGAAGCCCUACAACCCACGCAGGAGCCAAUCGGAUGUUUCGCUUGGUAGCCACUCCUCCAAUGAGUCCGGCUAUGGCGGUUCCUCCCCUGUCUUUUCCCGCCAGAAUAGUAGUAGCACUAUAACCUUCAACCCAGAGGCUGUGGCCGUCAGCUUCUCUGUAGCCCCACCCCCGAGCCACUCCUCUUCUACAGCCAAUCCCCAGGAUUCUGCUCUGAUGUCAUCCCGCAGGCUCCCUCAAAAAGAUGACCAAAGUAGUCAGAGAGACCCUCUGGACUCUUCAUUCCAGACUCUGGCCAAUCACAGGGACUCUCCCGAUUCCUCCCAGCAGAAUGUGACCUCUCGUGGAGCACAGUCCCAUUCUUCCUGCCAGAGCCACAUGAAUAAUCAGGACCUGGUAGAUUCCUCAGAAACAGACACUCGUUUUUCCCUCAAGCAGUCAAUGCCAGGUCCCUCCCAGCAGUGUAGCCAAUCAGAUGCCGCCUGCAGUGACCGUAUCCAAUCAGAAUCUCCUCAGCAGCGAUAUGACCAGUCAGACAAGGGAUUUAACUCUGUUGCACGCCGGAAUAGGGAACAGAGGAAGCCUUUGUACCAUUCAGAGGAAUUUGCUGUGCCAGAAGAGGACCCUGAUGGACACCAGAUCUAUUACGCCCUGUACUCCUUCAGUGCUCGCUGCGGAAAUGAGCUGAGCAUCACGGCCCAUCAACGCGUGCGCAUUCUCGAGUUCCAGGACAUGAAUGGCAACCAGGAGUGGUGGCUGGGCGAGGUGGCCGGUCGCCGUGGAUACGUCCCCUCCAGCUACAUCCGCAAGUCUGAGUACACCUGAGGGAUGGGCCUCCCCUGUGAGGUGCCUGAUUUCUGCCGGUUCCACUACUGGGCCACCCUCUCCAGAGCCCCGUGGAUGAGAGCCUUUGGCGUGUAACUGUUCUGUGCCUUACCUCAAGCUGCUGAGGCCUGCUGGUGGGAUGCCUGUAUGAGGCUGCACCAAAGGUCUUCACGUUACACAUUUAGACAUGUAGAAAAUAAGCUGGCAUCCUGCUUGCAUAAAAGUCCCUAUUUGGAAACACUCCUCACAAGGAUGCCAGGGUGCUUUCCAGGAGUGAGUGAAUGAGGCAUGUCAAGGUACAUAGUUCUAAAGGAAGCGGCGGGACGUGCUGAGGUGUGAGUCAAUUUAUCUGCAGACCAAACGUUUGGGUUCCUGACAGCCGGCAUUAAAAUGAACAUCUUCAGGUACUGGGCCUUUUUUAAUGAUAUCAUGCGUGCAGUGACCAAGCAAACCCUGUCAUUGGUGCGGGGAGAGUAGUUGGCCCUUAACAAUACUAGUUCUGAGAUAGUCAGGCGUUCGACCUGAGUUGGCAGUACUGACCUGCCCAGUUAAUCUGAGGGACAGCACUGAGCCUGGAGAGAAGCACCUGAUCACACACUGCAGGUGUGGUGUUUUCGGCUCACACUGGGCAAAGGCACUAGGGGGCGUCAGAGCAGUGUGUGACUGCCUCCCUGCUGUAAGUAUCCCAUCAUGCUGUGUUACUGAGAAUGUAUUCACUUUAUACCAUGACGUGAUUAUUUUAUUCCCACUACAGUUCUGAAUAAAUCAGGUCUUUUGAA